AUGACAUUAACGGACGGCUAGGAUGAGAUCGCGGCCCAGAGUACGCUAGACCUCAUGGGCUUCUCUUUCGUAAGGCCAGAAUGCGCAAGAUCGCUUAUUCCGGCGAAGCGCCGCCGUGUAAUUCAAAGCUUAUUCGGCGGCGAAGAUGGCUUUAAUCUGAAGCGCGGACUCUCUAUUGUCAACAAUGGCUGCCCUGAAAAUAAGCAGAGCUGUUUCCAUCAUUCCGAAGUUCGCACCAGUCUUCUCGUCCUCGUCUGAAAGAAUUCUCCGACCGUCACCUCCGCCGAAACUCAUUGGAGAAGCAGCAGUAGCACCACAAACUGAAGAAGAGAGGGGAAGAUGGUCCAAGCUGCCGCUCUUCAUUCCUGGUGCUAUCGCUUUUGCCCUCGGAACCUGGCAGAUUUUCCGUAGACAAGAGAAGAUUAAAAUGUUGGAUUAUAGGAAAGGAAGACUAGACAUGGAACCCAUAAGGUGGAAUGAGAUAGGUCCUUCAGGGCAGAGUCUGGAUUCUUUGGAAUUUAGAAAGGUCAUUUGUGAGGGUGUGUUUGAUGAGGGAAAGGCCUUAUUUGUUGGGCCUAGAUCACGAAGCAUCUCUGGAGUAACUGAGAAUGGUUAUUACGUUAUCUCUCCAUUAAUUCCAACGGCAGGAAAAUAUGGCAGUGUGCAGCAGCCUAUCCUUGUUAACAGAGGAUGGGUUCCUCGGGAUUGGCGCAAUAGGUCUUCAAAGGAUUCAAGGGCCUCCGAGAAGUCUUCAGAUUCAGAAAUAAUGGAUAUCCGACCAAAUGGUGGCCGUAUUUGGUGGAAAUUUUGGUCCCAAAAACCUAAACUCUCGAAGGAUACAGAGCCUCGUGAAAUCCCCAUAGAAGUUGUUGGGGUAGUUCGCGGAAGUGAAAAACCGAGUAUUUUUGUCCCUGAAAAUGAUCCUCAGAGCGGCCAAUGGUUCUAUGUUAAUAUUCCCAUGAUGGCUCGGGCUUGUAGUCUUCCAGCUGAUACUUUAUAUAUAGAAGAUGUAAAUGAAAAUGCCUCUGCAGCUGAUCCUUAUCCUGUGCCAAAAGAAGUAAAUUCCUUGAUUCGUUACUCAGUCAUGCCACAGGACCAUCUAAACUAUACAUUAACUUGGUACUCUCUUUCUUCUGCAGUAACAUUUAUGGCUUUCAAGAGAAUUAGACCAAAGAAGAAGGUUCAAAGAUAGCAUAAUUCAUUCACUCCUACAAUAUAAUUGAUCUCAUGAUUUUGAAAUUUCACUCUUGUGUAGAGUUUAUUUGAAAACUAUUAUUUGAAUAAAUAUGGUGGGGUCGUCGAAGGAUGGCCAAAGUUAUAGCCUGUUUGGUCAUAAUUCAUUAAUUCCAGCUGCAUUAUAGAGUUCUGCUUCUCAGCUGCAUGUCAUUUUCCUGUAACAAGCCUUAAUUAUUUAUUUAUCCACACGCAAUAUUUUGUUUGCAAAAUGAACUGAGAAAAUUUCAUUUAUGUAAACUAUGAGCAGAUAUUCUUCCUAUCAAUUGCUGCUAUGUUCUUGGAACGUUGUUUUUUUUUUCUUUUGUGACAUGAAAUUGAGGUUAUAUAAAGGGUA